UAAAUUGAAUUACAGCCUCAGACUCAGAGACAAUGAAUAGAAAGACAAAGAGAACAGCUUCAACUAUAAGGGAAUAAAUGGCCUUGAAUUUGAGUUCUCUUUCUGUUCACCAGAAGCUCCCAUUUCUGAUUCCAAAACACAAACAUCUCUUCAAACUCUACCACUCUUCAUCUUCUUUCACAACUGCUGCUCUAUCUGAAGGAACAGAAAGUGGAGUCACUGAGGAGGACCCUCCUUCUUACCCUGGGUCUCUGUCUUCUACUCGUUCACAGCUGGAUCUCUUGGAGCAACUCACUUCUGGGAGCUCAUUUGAUGAUGGUUAUAAAAGCGAUGGUGGCUCAGGAAAAUUAACAAUCCGUGAUCAGCUUGCACAAUUGGUUGGUAACAGGGAUGACAAUUUCGAUAUUCCGUUGGGUAAAAAUUUAAAGAAGGUCAGUCCUAAGUUCUUAACUAUCUCACAGAAGAGAAACAUAAGAAGGCAGGCUUACCUGAACGAAGUGUCUCAGAGGAAUGAUACAGUUUUCUAUGCCACCAUAGGAGCAUUUGUAAUUUUACCCCCUCUUAUCAUAUUAGGAAUUGCUAUAAUAACUGGUUAUGUGCAGCUUUUUCCGUGACAUACGUUAAUUAUAUUAUUAUAGAAAAAACACUGUUUCAUAGAUCAUUAUAUAAUCUUCAGGAUCAUACUAUCUAAAGUUUUCUUGAAAUCUUCUUCUUCAUGUAGACACGAGACAAAAUGUAAUGUCAAGAAUGCUUCAGCUUUUCCAUAUAUUACUAUAGAAAAUUCUACAAAAAAAAAUUGAUGGCAAAUCGUUUAUAUAUGCUCGUGGAUCUUCGCCAUUUUA